AACAUCAGUUGUUCCAAAACUGGCUAUAGUGCAAAUAUCGUCUUCCACACUAAACCUUUCUAUGGGGGCAAGAAGCACAGAAUUACUUCUGAGAUUUUUUCUCCAAAUAAGAAGUCUUUUUGCUCAGUUGAAGGGGAAUGGAAUGGUUUAAUGUAUGCAAAAUAUGCAACAGGGGAAAAUGCAGUUUUUAUAGAUACCAAGAAGUUGCCUAUAAUUAAGAAGAAAGUGAGGAAGUCGGAAGAUCAGAAUGAGUAUGAAUCCCGCUGCCUUUGGAAGGAUGUCGCUUUCAACUUAAAAAUCAGAGACAUUGAUGUGGCAACCGAAGCCAAGCAUAGACUUGAAGAAAGACAAAGAGCAGAAGCUCAGGAAAGGAAGAAGGAAAUUCAGUGGGAGACAAGGUUAUUUCAUGAAGAUGGAGAAUGCUGGGUUUACGAUGAACCAUUACUGAAACGUCUUGAUGCUGCCAAGCAUUAGGUUGGGAAAUGCAAAGUUUACACCGGACGACCAGGGCAAUAGGCAUAAUUAAGCAGCAGUCUUCAUUUGGAGAA